UAAAGGAGGCUAAAGAAAUUAUAUUGCAUGUGAAGUUUGUUAUUUAGUUUUGGUACUGUGUUGCGUGAAAUUUUCGUACAACAUGGCAAUGAAACAAGGUUAAAAUUGCAGACUUUUUAAAAAAUAGAUUAACAAUUAUUGUACUCUAUACAUGGUGAGAAACUUUUAAAGAUAAAAGUUUUCUUGUAUAUGCACGAUGGCUAUGGAAGCUACAGAUAUGCCCCCUUGUUCUGUUUUUAUUCUUGGAGCAUCUGGUGAAGUUGGAAAAGAGUUACUGAAUGCAGUAUCAGCUGAAGCCAAGUUUUCAGAAAUUGUGCUGAUUGGAAGAAGAAAGAUUGAAGAAGAACCAUUUAUGAAAUAUGAGCAACGUGUAGUAGAUUUUGAAAAGAUUGAAGAUUAUGGUAAUGCUUUUCAAGAUUUGGAAAUUGGAUUUUGUUGUUUAGGAACAACAAGAGGAAAAGCUGGUGUGGAUGGUUUCAUCAAGGUAGAUCAUGAUUACGUGGUUAACAGUGCCAAAAUAGCCAAGCAACAUGGAUGUAAACAUUUACUCAUUGUCUCUAGCAGUGGUGCUAAUCACAACAGCAAACUUCUGUACCAUAAAACAAAGGGUUUAACAGAAGAAGAUUUAAAGGAUGUUGGUUUCGAUAGACUUUCGAUAUUCAGACCUGGGUUUUUGCUAUGCAACCGCCAAGAAUUCCGUCCACUAGAACGUGCAGCUCUUACAGUAAUGAAACCCCUCUUCAGUUUCUUUCCAACUUUGAUGUCUGUUCCAACUAGCUAUGUGGCUAAAGCAAUGGUGAAAACAGCACUUACUCCAAAUCCUGACAAAGUGGAGAUUAUUGAAAAUAAGGCUAUGCAUACACUAGCCAGUCAGGAUCAGUAGUGACAAUCAUGCUGCACAAGUAACAGAUGGGUUUGUAGUAGAGAGAAAAUGAUGUAAUUAGUAUUGAAUAACAUUUCAUAAUUAAAAUAAAGAAUAAAAGUAAAUUGGUCCAGGUUGAAGGUAAGAUAUUAAAGUUUUUGCUUUUUGUUGGUGUUGAAUAAUUAUUAGCUCAAAAUUGGAUGUUUAUCAUUAUUUAAAUUUGUUGUAACAUACUCUUUUUAAAUUCCUUGUCAUUCUGAAAAUAGAUUAUAUUAAUUAGAAGUUUCACAGCCUUUUUUUCUGCACAAAAAUUAAUUAGUGAUUUUAAGACUAUCAGAGGAGCUUAGACAUUAUGUACCACACUACUUUGGACCCCGAUGAACAGUACUAUUAUUUCUUGAACUCUCAUCUAAGACUUGAUUAUAUUUAGUUAUCAUGUUUAGAUAAAGAUUUUAUUGAAAUUCAUUUAGGUUUUCAGUAUAACAACAUCUGAAAGAGAUUCAGCUUUCAUUUUAUUAUAAACUUUUUUGGUUUCAUUUUCAUGCUCACAUUUUCCCUUGAAAAAAAGAAGACUUCUCAGUUGAUGUAACCUCAGAAUAUGAAAGUGCUUAACAAGCAUAAGAUAGGCAUAAUGUGCAUUCAGCUUACUUUUCAUUCACUAAAGCAAUGCAAUUUUCCAUGAUGUGCACAUAUCCACACUAAAAUAAUUUUAAGUGAACUUUUUUACAAGCACAUACUAAAUAAAUAAAAAAAGUGCUUGAGAAUGUGAUUUACACUAUAUUUCUAGUCCUAAGAAUUCCAUUAACUUAAAUUACAGACACGUGUUAUGUUUAGGAAUGUGAGAGUUGUACAUACAGUAUCUGUAUGGAAAACUGUUGACAGAUGUAAUGUGAUGCAAUGUAAAUGUUAGUUGUUCAAUUGUAGAUGUAUCACAUAAGAGCCAAUUUGAAAUAGUAUUACUUGAGUAAGGAAGCACCUUAUGCUAAUAUAAUGACAAUAAUAAGAUGGCAAACAAGGUUUUAUAAGAAUAAUAAAGUGAUUUAUUUUGGGGGGGGGGACAUAGUACAUGUUAUGACAGAACAGUGGUCUGUCUUCUGUUUAUACCUGAAAAAGACAGAUCAUUGUUCUAUCAUAACACGUAGUAUGUUCCCCCCUUCAAAAAAAAAAAUAAAUAAUUUUAUUAUACUUAUAAAUCAUUGUUUGCCAACUUAUUAUUAAAAUAGUAUUGACUUAAGUAUUGCAAUGAAUGGUUUUGGAGCCAUUAAUUGAAACUUUUCAUUUUUAAGUUUGAAUGUGAAACAAAUGUUGAUAAUAGUAAGAAAAUGUAUUGGAUUAGACUCAGCCAUUUUAUGUAUUUUAUACCCCUUUCAGUAAAUAUUUAUAAAAAAGAAAAGAUUUAUUAUUUUUUUAGCAAAAUCGGCAGGAUUGGAAGUUUGCUGAUGCAACUUUGAUAAGUUAAUUUAAUAUUAAACCAGAAACAUGUUGUUUUCUGAUCCUCGUUUAGUUUAACUGAUAUCUGCUGUCAUGUAUUUGUAAACAAAUAAAACUGUAAACAAGGAGAAGCACGUCAGCACACAUACUGCACAAUCAGAGCAUUGCUACGCCCUGAAUUCCCAGU